AUGGCUGAAGUUGGGACCGACGACCAGCUUCGACAACGCCGAAAUCAAGGUCAAGCAGAAGAUGUGCGACCGACUAGCGAUGAAAGUGAUAUGGAUGCCAUUCCUCAGGAUGAGGAGAGAAUCGCCGGACUGAUGAAAAUCAUUCCUCAAGACACUGGAAGCAUGGGUGAAUUGGUAGAUUCAGUGCUUACUCCAUUACCUCCCAGAUGGAGAAAUUGGGUUGUACGUGGUGUCUUCACAAUAAUUAUGGUAUCAAUGUUUUCGUUCAUUGUGAGUCGAGGGCCGACAUGGCUGAUGGCAUUGGUGUUUGCGAUACAAUUUAAAUGCUUCCACGAAAUCAUCAGUAUUGGGCUGGCUGUUUAUCGAAUGUAUGAUUUCCCAUGGUUCCGUUUGCUGUCGUGGUAUUUUCUCGUGACGAGUAACUACUUCAUUUUCGGAGAAAGUCUAAUCGAUUAUUGGGCGAUUUUGCUGCGAAAAGACAACUUUUUGCAUUUUCUCAACAGUUAUCAUAGACUUAUCAGUUUUGGUCUGUACUGUGUCGGUUUUGUAUGGUUCGUUCUUUCGCUAAAGAAGGGCUAUUAUAUGCGUCAGUUCUCUCUGUUCGCUUGGACUCACAUCACACUGUUGUUGAUCGUCUGUCAAUCGUUCUUCAUUAUCCAGAACAUUUUCCAAGGGACCAUAUGGUUCCUUGUCCCGGUGGCGAUGAUUAUUUGCUGUGAUGUCAUGUCGUACAUGUUCGGUUUCUUUUUUGGAAAGACUCCUCUCAUCAAAUUGUCACCAAAGAAGACAUGGGAAGGAUUCAUUGGUGGAGCUGUUAGCACCGUCAUAUUCGGGAUUUUGCUCUCCUACUCUCUGUACAAUCGCCCAUUCUUUGUUUGUCCAGUUGAAGACUACUACAUUGAUAAUACAAACUGCACUAUUCCGUCAUCGUUCCAACUGCAGCCUUACUCCCUACCACGGCCACUUUCAUGGAUUUUCAAGAUUCUUAGGCCGUUUUCUGAUUACAGACGUGAUCCGCACGUGUAUUUAUUCCCGUUUCUCGGUCACGCCGUGGUGAUGGCGUUAUUCGCUAGUUUGCUCGGUCCCUUUGGAGGAUUCUUUGCCAGUGGGUUCAAGAGAGCCUUCAAAAUCAAGGACUUUGGCGAUGUAAUUCCUGGUCACGGAGGACUUAUGGAUCGAUUCGAUUGCCAGCUACUUAUGGGUACCUUUGUCAGCGUAUAUAUCCACACGUUCAUCAGAGUCCCAAAUCCUGCCAAGUUGGUCACUCAAAUUUUGUGGCUGCAACCAGAAGAUCAGAUAACGAUUGCAUUAAUUGAUCAGCAGUUGUCAGCAAAUGAAGGAUUAGAACAGCGCGAAUCACUCUUGGAAAUGCGAGCUGACCUGGUCGAAUUGGUGCAACUGCUAAGGGAACAGGCAGAGGAAGAAGCAGCAGCGCAGGCCGAUAACGAUUCUGAAAUCUUCCCGGAAGGUUCUUCAGCAGACACUUCAUUGAACACUAGUUUGCCUGAUGGCUUCGACGAGUUUAUUGGUAUGCGGUGCAUGGCGCCAUAUCCAAGUGCAAAUCUUCAUGUAUCUCAUCAUGCAGCUGUCAUUUUAGAGGUUCUACAUCCAGAUCCGGUCAAUGGUCUGCAGGCACGGGUUCUGUACAGUCACCCUAUGGUGAACGGCAUGCGGCCAUGUUCACAUUUCCUUGCUGGAACGUGUCGAUUUGAUGAGAAGUGCAAGUUCAGUCAUGGAGAGAUUGUUCCCAUGGCUGAGUUGAAUGAAUACAAGGAGCCAAAUUUUAGCACGUUAACAGUUGGAAGUCUUGUUCUGGUUUCCACAUCAGUAUCACCUCCCUUGUGGGAGAUCGGCCGUCUCAUGGCCAUUGACCAUGGCGAGGUUGCGGUGAAAAUUUUGAAGACUAACAGCGAAGUUUCUUCAAAGAUGGACCACAUAGUGCCGCUAGAUGGCGAAGUUGAAGAUAUAAGCGAAGAUUCAUUUCAUCCACCUGCCCCUCUUGAAUACUCGAAUGACGAGAAUGAGAAAAACGAGUCAUGGAAAGAGCAGAAAGGAUCACGAUGUGGUAAUGUAACCGUCGGCAAUCUUGGAGAUUGGCAUGGUGGUGGUUUCGGAUUGAAACUAAUGCAGAAAAUGGGCUACAAGCUCGGCGAGGGACUUGGAAAAAAUAACGAUGGGAUUGUCCAUGCCAUUCAAGCGAAGAUCUGCCCCAAAAAUACUUCGGUUGAUGGUGUCAUGAACGCACGAAAGAAAGUAGUGGAUGGUAUGCAGAAAGUGAAAUCACGAGUACGCGAAGAGAUGAAGCACACUCAUGAUUCACUUGACGCCGACAUAUUCGCCUUUCUUAAUCGUAAGCUCGAACAAGAGCCUGUGAAAACGGAGCAAGACGAAAUCAAGGAAGACAUUCGAAAGCUUGCUAGAAGUAGCAACAAGUGA